AUGGCUGCUGCCGUGAGCUUUUCCCAUCAAAUGCACACCUGCCUCAUGCUCCUCUGCUACUCGAUAUGGUCUCUGCACCUGCCUUGCCCUACCUCCUCGCUUUAUUUCAACGCCAACUUUUCAGACCCCGAAGCCUAUUACCCCGGCUUGAGUUUCCAGGGUGAUGCCUACCUUGACGCUCAGUCUCGGACCAUCCAGCUAAGAAGAGCCGUUGAGAGCCCCAACAUCCAGAAUAGCGUAGGCCGAGCGUUCUGCUCGACGCCCGUGCCGUUGUGGGAUAACGCCACUGGCGAGCUUGCCCGUUUCACCACCUCCUUCACCUUCCGAAUCAAGGUAAACGGUACGAUCAGCGGCGAUGGCUUUGCUUUCUUCCUCGGAAACUAUCCUCCGAGCAGUCCAGAUCCCCUCGAAGACAGACAGAACCUAGGUCUCUACAACGGAAACGCCAGCACGGUCGCGACCGGCAAUGACCGAGCUGUGGCAGUUGAGUUCGACACCUUCUUGAACGUUGGCGUCGACACCAGCAACAGCCACAUGGGCAUCGACGUCAACUCCAUCAUUUCUCAGGCGUACACCAACGUUACCCUGGCUGGCAACAACCUAACAUCCGACCUUCCUAUGACUUGCCACAUAAUUUACGGCAACGAAUCAAAAACCCUAGCGGCUGUUCUCGAGGUCGGAGACACAACAUAUCGUGUCAACACCAGUGUUGACCUGAGGCUCAUGCCUAGUGUGGUGGCCAUCGGCUUCUCGGGUGCUACCGGUGAGGCGGACGAGUUACACCAAAUAAUUUCAUGGUCAUUUGACUCCACCUUGGACCUGCCCAGUGCCCCGGCGCCUGCAUGGAGGAGCACUAAGAGUCCACCGCCUGCACCGAAGACCCUACCCAAAGGACGGCUAGCAAAGGUAACUGGACCAAUUAUUGGAGUUAUUGCAAUUGUGUGCAUCUUUGUUGGCGUGCGUCGAUGGCAACUAUGCAUGAGAAAGAAGCGUCACAGAGCUCUCGCCGGGGGGCUUGGAGAUAUUGGUUAUCUUAAGUUGGCGCGUGCGACCAACGAAUUUGCAGAGGAAAACAAGCUCGGGCAAGGUGGUUCUGCCUCUGUUUAUCGGGGCCAACUAGCAAGUCCAAGUAGACCAGUGGCGAUAAAGAGAUUCAAGCUGGCAGAAUCAGGCGAGGAGAGGAAGGCAUUUGAGGACGAACUCAGGAUUGCCAGUCGGCUCAGGCACCGGAACCUUGUCGAAUUGAUAGGUUGGUGCUACGGUGGACAGAGGAACCUGGUUGAGCUUAUAUGCUGGUGGCAGGACGACAAGUACACCCGUCUCUUCCUUGUGUAUGAGCUUUUGCCACAAGGUAGCCUGGAUCAACACCUACACGGGGGCAAUAGUUGGUUACCAUGGUCCAAGAGGUACCAGAUCAUCCUCCACCUAGGCUCUGCACUGCAAUACCUCCACGUAGAUUGUGAGCAACACCAACAGUGCAUCGUACAUGGCGAUAUCAAGUCCAGCAACAUAUUGCUUGACGCUUCAUACAGUGCCAAGUUAUGUGACUUCGGAUUGGCAAGACUUGUUCACCAAGAAAGUGGGUCAAAGACCACAGACCUUGUGCAGGGCACCUACGGAUAUAUAGACCCUGUGUUCAUCGACACGAGCCAGCGGAACAGGCAGUCAGACAUAUACAGUUUUGGCAUUGUCCUACUAGAGAUAGUCUCUGGAAGGAACCCAACGGUGACUCUCCAUGAUACGCCUCCGUUGCCAUCAUGGGUAAGGAGUUUGUACUAG